UUCAGUCAAUAAAAGCUCCAAUCAUACAUACAUACAUGUGUAUAUAAACAAUACUCAUCCACGCACACUCUUUUAACGUCCUCCUCUUUGACUUUUUACUCAAAUCAGAACAGAACCAAUCAUGAGAUUCAGAUCUCUGAUCUCUCUCCUCUUCCUCCUCUUCUUCACUUCCUCCGCUUACGCUCGACUCGUCUCCCUACAUCCAUCUUCCACUGAUCUCAUCUCCGAUGGAGUCAACGGCGAACCUCUCAUCAACUCCAGAUCGAUCAUCAAAACUGUGGUCUCUGCCGAAGAGAAAGAGGAAGCUUGUGAACAGACAUAUGGGUUCAUGCCGUGUACUAAAACAGCGCUUGGAAACGUGUUCUUGAUCUUGGUUUAUGGGUUUCUCAUGUUCACGGCGGCGACGUAUCUCUCCGCCGGAAGUGAGCUUUUGCUCGAGAUCUUGGGUCCUGGAAUCGUCGGUGGCUUGUUUUUACCGAUGCUCGGAGCUCUUCCUGACGCUAUGCUGAUCAUGGUGUCUGGUCUCUCUGGAGACGCGGCAACUGCACAAACCCAAGUCUCUGUGGGAAUGGGUUUGCUCGCUGGCUCCACCGUUAUGCUUCUCACUGUCAUCUGGGGAACUUGCACUGUUGUUGGCAAGUGUGACCUUCGUGAUUCCAUUGCUGUAAAUAACCAAGACACCAAAGGCUUCCAUCUCAAAGAUUCUGGUGUAACUGUUGAUGUUUGGACCAGCUAUGCUGCAAGAAUCAUGGCUAUAUCGGUUAUACCGUUCAUCAUUGUCCAGCUUCCACAGAUGUUGGACUCAACUUCUGGAAGACAUUUGGCUGUGUUGGUUGCUCUUAUCCUCUCGGUUCUUAUGUUGAUCUCAUACUGUGUAUAUCAGGUCUUCCAACCAUGGAUCCAAAGGAGACGGCUUGCUUUUGCAAAGCACAAGCAUGUUAUAUCAGGAAUCUUAAGGCACUUGAAACAACAUGCUUUGGGAAGGCUUCUUAAUGAUGAAGGUCAGCCUGAUGAACAUGUCAUUCGAAGGUUGUUUGAGACAAUUGAUGCAAACAAGGACGGACACUUAUCAGCAGCUGAGCUUAAGGCGCUUAUCAUUGGAAUCAGCUUUGAGGAUAUAGAUUUUGACAAGGAUGAUGCUGUGGGAAAAGUUCUUCAAGAUUUUGACAAGACUCUUGAUGAACAAGUUGAUCAAGAAGAGUUUGUCCGUGGGAUUAAGCGUUGGCUUAUUCAGGCAAUGGGAGCUGCUGGUCCUUCUGGUCCUGAUGCCGGUCCUCGAACCAUGAAGUUCCUUGAUCAUUUCCAUGUGCAAACAAAGAGAGAGCAUGCUCUGUUGGGAGACAAUGAAAAUGGCGAGAAUGAUGAGGAAUCAGGGGAGGUUGCAGAUCCAAAAUGGAUCACCAUUAAAGCAGCUUUGUUGCUACUUUUAGGAGCAGCCAUUGCUGCUGCGUUUGCUGAUCCUUUGGUCGACACAGUUAACAACUUCUCCGCAGCCACAGGGAUCCCAUCUUUCUUCAUUUCCUUCAUUGCUUUGCCUUUAGCCACCAACUCAAGUGAAGCUGUCUCUGCCAUCAUCUUUGCCUCUCGCAAAAAGAUCAGAACCGCCUCCUUAACUUUCUCCGAGCUAUGUGGUGGAGUGACAAUGAACAACAUUCUCUGUCUCUCUGUGUUCUUAGCGAUCGUUUACCUUAGAGGAUUAACGUGGAACUUCUCAUCAGAAGUGUUGGUGAUCCUCAUAGUUUGUCUGGUGAUGGGAGGUUUUGCUAGCUUCCGCACAACGUAUCCUCUAUGGACAUGUUUCAUAGCAUACUUGCUUUACCCAUUCUCUUUGGGUCUGGUCUAUAUUCUCGAUUACUGGUUUGGCUGGUCUUAGUUCAAAAGAUUUGGUGACAUGAGUGAGUUUGUUCUAUGGCGUGUUUUGUUCUUCUUUAUUUCUUUAUGUUAUGGGUUUGAGAGUGUAUAAGCGUAAAGUUCAGCUCCUGAGAUUUGUCAGUGAUGUUGUUUGAAACACUAUUAAUAAAACUGAUACAUUAUAUUUCUUGUUU